CAACUCCAAGACCCUAUGUGUUCUGACCUUAGCAGCUCUCACCGCGGGUCAGCCCUAUGGAGAAGGAUACUGCAAUUGCCAUCUUACCCCGCGUGUUUUCCGUUGCACACCUUAUUAGGUUACCAGACUCUGGGCGAAGAGUACGUUAACAUUGUACAAGUUGACUCCACCAAGAAAAGGGUGCCAUCUUUUCUUCGACGGGCUGUCUUCGUUUCUCUUCACACCCUCGUACCCUAUUGCUUAGAAAAGGGAUUGCUGCAUCUGGAACACGAGUUGCAGAUAGAAGCUGAUGAGUCCAGAACCUCGCAGAGCGACCCAGCGCUUGGCUCAUCAUCCAGCAGGACCUUAAUACGAAACUGGAUACAGAAACAAGCUGGGGAGCUCACAGAACAGCAGAAGAAAAAAGUCUUACAAAUUGUGUAUCUCCUGAAACAAUGCAUACCUUUGCUGCACCGGCUGCAUCUGGCAGUAUUCUACAUACAGGGCACGUUUUAUCACCUGUCUAAAAGAAUCGCAGGGAUCACGUAUCUGCCUUUUAGAGGACUGCAAGGAGAAGAUCAGAGUAUUCGAACAAGUUACAAGUUUCUUGGAAUAAUUUCACUCUUCCAUCUUCUUCUAACAAUUGGUGUUCAGAUGUACAGCUUCAAACAGAGGCAGAGAGCAAGGCAGGAAUGGAAACUACACCGCAACAUGGCUCACCAGAAAAAUACGACCAAGGGAAAAACUACGGGGCGCCGCUCCCGCUGCACUCUGUGUUUGGAAGAACGGAGACACACGACAGCCACCCCGUGUGGCCACCUGUUCUGCUGGGAGUGCAUCACUGAGUGGUGCAACACCCGGACGGAAUGUCCACUAUGCAGAGAGAAGUUUCAUCCUCAGAAAUUGAUCUACCUACGUCACUAUCAACUGUAAAGAAGUCUGCUCUGUUUCAUGACAAGGGCCUCAACUCCCACACCCUUUAUAAAGUUGUCAUGCAGCUGGAGUUAGUCCAAGAAAAAGACUUUAUUAUAAAACUGGUAACUGCCUGUGCAAGGUAGCACUUCAUUCCUGUUUUACAGAAUAAAUGUAUUUCUGCCUCUACCCUUCUGUUUCUUCCAACAUGGUUCUUGACCAUAUUAAAAAUGUCUUUCUAAAAA